AUCAUGCAUUGUCCCGGCCAUCAGAAAGGGGAUACUCCAGAGGCCAGAGGAAACAGAUUAGCAGAUGAGACAGCAAAAAAAGCCGCCCUAGGGCCACUACUUCUGAUAAUGACUCUAUUGCCCCAAUGAGCAGACCCACAACAUGAUGACCAUGAGGAACAAUGGGUCUAUGAGGACCAAGAUUUAAGUGUCAUACAGAAACUGGGGGCCACUUACAACCCAGAAGAAAAGACCUGGAAAUACCAGGGAAAGACUAUCAUGCCCCUCAAAAAUGCAAAACAACUGGUGAAGUCCCUACACAGACUGACACAUCUUGGGGCUAAAAAGAUGAAAGAACUCUUAGAACGUGGAGAGGGUACUCUAUAUCUUCCAAAUAGGGAUCGACUCCUCCAGAGGGUUGCAGAAAAUUGUCAGGCAUGUGCCCAGGUAAAUGCUGGUAAAGUCAAACUUGGAACAGGAGUCCGGGUUCGAGGACAUAAACCCGGGACACAUUGGGAAAUAGAUUUCACUGAAGUCAAACCUGGUAUGUAUGGAUAUAAAUAUCUUCUAGUCUUCGUUGAUACUUUUUCCGGAUGGGUCGAAGUGUUCCCCACCCGACAUGAAACUGCCAAAACCGUUGCUAAGAAGCUGUUGGAAGAAAUUUUUCCAAGGUAUGGGGUACCCGGGACAAUUGGGUCGGAUAAUGGGCCUGCCUUCGUCUCCCAGGUAAUUCAGAUGGUGGCCAAUACAUUGGGGAUUAAUUGGAAAUUACACUGUGCUUAUAGACCCCAAAGUUCAGGGCAGGUAAAAAGGAUGAAUAGAACCAUUAAGGAGACUUUAACUAAAUUAACGCUUGAAACUGGCACUAGAGACUGGGUACAACUCCUACCUUUAGCCUUGUAUCGGGCCCGAAACACCCCAGGCCCACAGGGAUUAACUCCAUUUGAAAUCCUGUAUGGUGCCCCACCACCCACUGUUAACUUUUAUGAAACUGAAACCUAUGCCUCCCUCACCCCAUCUAUGCAGACUCAUUUACGUGCCUUGCAAUUGGUCCAGAACGAGGUUUGGAAGCCUCUAGCCGCAGCAUACAAAGAGGAACUUAAAACCCCCUCGCUACCACAUCCCUUCAAGGUCGGAGAUACCGUCUGGGUACGCAGACACCAGAGCAAGAACCUCGAACCACGGUGGAAAGGACCCUACACCAUUCUGCUGACCACUCCUACUGCAAUCAAAGUGGACGGCAUCGCUGCUUGGAUCCACGCGUCCCACGUGAAGACUGCCCAUCCACAGGAGUCCGCAGAUACCUCUCCAGAUCCAGAAUGGAAGCUACAACGCAUCCAAAAUCCACUAAAGAUAAGACUCACUCGCUGUUGAUUUUUUUUUUUGCUUUGUGCUUUAUCUUCCCCAUAUCAGCCGCCUAUAACCCCAACCAGCCUGUGAGCCAGACAUGGCAAGUAAUAUCGGGGACAGGAGAGAUAGUUUGGGAAAAAACUUCCACAAAAUACCCCCUUUGGGCUUGGUGGCCUGCCCUAGACCCUGAUCUUUGUCACCUGCUGGCUGGAGCAGACGACUUUGAUAUCCCGGCUACUGACCCAGCUAAACCAGGUCCAGAAGUGUGCACCA